AUGGCGGGUGCGGGAGGGGGUCCUCGCUUUGCAGCUCCCCCUCGCGCGCCGUCCCCGGCUCCGCCGCCGCCCCCGCUCCAGGGGGGAGCUCGCGCGCCGCCCCCGCGCCCCACCGGGACGCCCCUGGGCGCCCCGGCUGCACCCCCUCUUCCCCGCGCGCCGCGCUCGGUCCCCCCGCCGGCCGGGCCCCUGGCUUCGGGGGGCCCCCUGGGCGCGGGCGGGCGGACGGGCGGGCGGGCGGGCCGGGCCACCCGAGCAGGUCGGCUCGCGGCCCGGCGGAGGGAGCGCGGCCUCCUCCCGCGCCGGCCCUGCGCUCCGUCUCCCCCCGGCCCGGCCGCCGCUCCCGGGGGAGGAGGGGGAAUGGAGCCGCCGCCGCCGCCGCCACCGCUGCCGCCACGGAGCCCGGCCGAGGGGAGGGAGGGAUCAGCCCCCAGGCAGGAUCCGCCCCUCGGCCUCCCCCCGCCACCUCCACCCCUUCCCUCGCUCCCUCCCCGGCUCGAGCCGCCGCACGCGAAGCGGGAGCGCGAAAGCGCGGGGAGACCGGAGCGGAUGCCCCCGCCCGAGCCCGAGCCCGGCGCGGCGGCGGCGGCGGGGAGACGGAGCGCGGAGCGGCGGCGCGGCCGCCAACGGGGCACCGUCCCCGGCUCGGCCUCACGGUGGCGGUGCGGACGCGGCGGCGGGGGCCGAGCGCACACCCCGGGCCUGCCCCGCAGCAGAUCUAGCCGGGGUUCCCGCUCGGGAUCCAGGGAGCCGUGGCCGUCCCCCGCGUCCCGGCUAGAGGGUGGCGCCAGGGCGACCCCCGAGGUCCGUGCUGGCGGUGUGUGGUUUCCGCGGGGCCGGGGCCCGCGCCGCUCCCCGAAAGCCGUCCCUCCCCAGGUCCCCGGGACAAAGGUCCAGCGAUGUCCACCGCUCCCCCCUCCACCAGGCUGCACAGCCCGGGAAAGACCCGCGUCUGUUGUGUGCCCAGAAGCGGCUGCGGAUCUCCUAUUCAUUGCUUUGUGACUCAGCGCACUUAAUGCACCCUGAAUGCCGGCACCCCAGUCUCAGGAGGUGUUGCCGCAGUCGGUUGGAAGCCCAGCUCUCCUCGCGGGGGCUUUCUGCGGUGCUCUGCGGCAGCUGUGGGACUGGAACGGAGGAGAUUCAAGACCCCGAAACUCUGUAAGUCUGACUACAGAAAGCCAACCUUUGACCACGUCCUCAUACAAAGGCUGGAUCAUCGCCAGUCCCUGGCCCUGGAUUCGUACAUCCCACCUUCCCUUAGCAUGAACCUCAAGGACAGAACCCAUGUGGCUGAUGCCCCUUUUCAUCUAGCCAGAGCUGUUGUUACCCCGUACCCCAGUA